GAUCUUUCGGGAGUGGAGAGGCACGGCGGCUCCUCCCCCGGCCCGGCCCAUCCCGCGGCCCCGCGGCUUCAGCAGGAGAGCGCGGAUCAGAGUUGCGCGCUCGGGUGGGAGAUGCCGCUCGGGCUCCUUCUAGCUGCAGAUUUGCAACCAUCAUAAUGUUGGCACUCCAAAUUUUGGACAAGUAUCGUACAGAAUGGCACAGGCAGACAGUAACCUGGACCAUGACAUACCACUACUGCCCCUUCCAGCACACUGGGCCAAAAGUGUUGUGGGACUCCUUUCCUUCAUCUGCUUUGCAAACAGCUACAAUGGGGACUUUGUCUUUGAUGACUCCGAAGCUAUAAUCAAUAAUAAGGACCUCAGGGCAGAAACCCCACUUGGUGAACUGUGGCAUCAUGACUUUUGGGGGAGCAAACUCAGUAGCAAUACCAGCCAUAAAUCUUACCGACCGCUUACUGUAUUAACUUUCAGGAUUAAUUACCUUUUAGCUGGAGGCUUCUACCCAUUGGGCUUUCAUGUCGUCAAUAUAAUACUCCAUUGUGCUAUCUCUGUCUUAAUUGUUGAUGUCUUCUCAAUAUUAUUGGGUGGGCUGCAGUACACCAGUAAAGGAAGAAGGCUAAACUUUGUCCCCAAAUCAUCCCUGCUCGCGGCUUUGCUGUUUGCUGUACAUCCAGUGCACACUGAAUGUAUCGCUGGGAUUGUUGGCAGAGCAGACCUGCUGUGCGCCCUGUUCUUUUUAUUGUCUUUCCUUGGCUACUGCAAGGCGUUUAGAGAAAGUAAAGAAGGAGCCCAAUUUUCUACUGCCUGGGUCUUACUGAGCGUCCUACUAGGAGCUCUAGCCAUGCUGUGUAAAGAACAAGGAAUCACAAUACUGGGUUUGAACGCUCUUUUUGAUGCUGUGAUGAUUAACAAGCUCAAUAUUUUGGAAGUUCUUUUGAAGAUACUGCGCAAGGACAAGUCGCUGGAGAGUCUAGUGGUGUUUAGAAAAGGACUUCUGUUCAGGAUGACUCUUCUGUUAUCUGGGGGAGCCACCAUGCUGUAUGUGCGCUGGCGGAUUAUGGGCACAGGACCACCGGCAUUUACUGAAGUGGAUAACCCAGCUUCAUUCGCAGACAGUAUAUUUGUGAGGGCUAUAAACUAUAAUUACUACUAUUCGUUGAAUGCAUGGUUGCUGCUGUGUCCCUGGUGGCUGUGUUUUGAUUGGUCAAUGGGCUGCGUGCCCCUUAUUAAAUCAGUCAGUGACUGGAGAAUAAUUGCACUAGCAGUUCUUUGGUUCUGCCUAAUUGCUCUGAUGUGCCAAGCCUUGUGCUCUGAAGACAGCCAGAAGAGAAGAAUCCUGACAUUGGGUUUGGGAUUUCUCAUCAUCCCUUUCCUUCCUGCAAGCAAUCUGUUCUUUCGAGUUGGAUUUGUUGUUGCAGAAAGAGUAACCUACCUCCCAAGUAUUGGCUAUUGCAUGCUGAUUACAUACGGAUUCAGUCUAUUGAGCAGACAAGCUAAAAAAAAGAAAUUUCUUGUUGCUGCUCUGCUGGGCCUCUUGUUGGUAAAUGUGUGGCGUUGCGUUAUCCGCAGUAACCAGUGGAGAUCUGAAGAACAACUUUUUAGGAGUGCUUUGUCUGUGUGUCCACUGAAUGCAAAAGUUCAUUAUAAUGUUGGCAAAAACCUGGCUGAUAAAGGCAACCAAACAGCUGCAAUCAACUAUUACAGGGAAGCUGUCAGAUUGAAUCCUAAAUAUGUGCACGCUAUGAACAACCUGGGAAAUAUCUUGAAAGAAAGGAAUGAACUCCAUGAAGCUGAAGAGCUGCUGUCAUUAGCUGUACAAAUACAGCCUGAUUUUGCAGCGGCAUGGAUGAAUCUGGGAAUAGUGCAGAAUAGCUUAAGGAGGUAUGGAGAAGCAGAGCAGAGCUACUGGACUGCAAUUAGACACCGGAAAAAAUACCCAGAUUGUUACUAUAAUUUAGGACGUUUGUAUGCUGACCUCAAUCGCCACAUAGAUGCAUUGAAUGCAUGGAGGAAUGCCACUGUUCUGAAACCACAACACAGUUUGGCUUGGAACAACAUGAUUAUAUUGCUUGAUAAUACAGGUAACUUAGCACAAGCUGAAGCUGUUGGAAGAGAGGCUUUGGAGUUAAUUCCCAAUGAUCAUUCUCUUAUGUUUUCACUGGCAAAUGUAUUGGGGAAAUCACAGAAAUAUAAGGAAUCUGAAGCUUUGUUCCACAAGGCAAUUAAAGCCAAUCCAACUGCAGCCAGUUACCAUGGUAAUUUGGCUGUGCUGUACCAUCGCUGGGGAAAUCUUGACUUAGCCAAGAAACACUAUGAAAUCUCUCUGAAGCUUGACCCCACAGCAGCUGGGACCAGGGAAAACUAUAGUCUUUUAAAAAGGAAACUGGACCAACUGAAAAAAAAAGGCGAUGUCUGAGGUUUCUUCUCAGGCUUUGAAUGCGUACUGCAUACCAUUUAUUAGCAACAUGGCUACUAAUCACCAGGGAGAAGCAUUCAGUCAUACUGUCAUUUAAAAAACCACAACAAUAACCCAAUAAUUAUAGCACCAGCAACAAAUACUCAAAAUGUUUCAUGAAGUCUAGUGGCAGAAGUAAAUUUCUUUACAAAAAAUAAAAAGCAAUGCUGGUUUUGAAAUUUUCAUUUGGAGAACUGAAAGGUUUGUAUUUAUGCUUUCAGCUUUUUGACCCAGUUUCAAAACCUGUUGAAUAUUUGCAUUCUUAUACUCGGAGCACUUGUGCUGGUAGGGGCAACUUAUUCAAAUAAAAAGGACAUAUUCAAAAUGCAUGUGGCAGUGGAGUAUGAAUGUACCACAGUAUAAUUAUGUGGAAAAGAAAUAUAAUUUAUUUUGCCCUUGCAUACAUCUUACUGAUGCAGGAAUUCUGAUGCAGCGUUGGUAUGAAACGUGGCCCAGUGAAUUACCGAGAGCACAAAUGUUGGUUCAUUAAUCUUUGGAGAGGCCAUGCUUCAGAAACAUGGGGGAGGGUGUUUGUUCUUCUGGCAGGGUUUGCGCAAUACACUGCUAAUAUACUUGGUAAGAACAGGAUAGAAUGAACUAUUUUCAACAAUUUAUGGUGAAUUGAGGAUUGAAGUUGAAUUCAAAUUGUUUUUAGAUUCAGAAUCUAUCCUUAGUUGCUGUUGUACAGCUUAAAGGUAGUGACUUGAAUGGUCAAGCAUCCCAAAGUAACCGUCAAGAGUACUUUAAACUGUAAAGCCUUUCAUGUUUGGUAGUUUGCCCAGAAUCUUGUAAUGCUUCAGCUGGGCAGUGGUUAUUACAUUUUUAGAUGUUUGAUUAGGUUUUAAUCUGCUGUCUUGUUGGUAGCAGCUUUCAUUAGGGUAUCAGUAGCUGAAAUCCAAGUGGCAUAUGAAGGGUUCUUCAGUCUUCUCUGGGGAUGAUAGCAGACUUAAAUUUUUCUCUGUGGGUUAAUAAUUUCUUAAAGAAGUAACAGCCCAGUUAACAUGUUCUAAAAUCCUUUACAUGGAACAUCCCUAAGGGCGCAGCCAAGUGCAGGAAGAAAUGUCUGAUCUGGGCCAUGGUAGCCUAAAGUAGUAAAGAGAUGUGGUUGCGACAUCUUUAUUGGCAAAGAAAGGAUUUAUGUCAACAUUGCACCCUAGAUGCAAUGUUGAGAUAUCCACCUGUGUAAUCUUGACAGUCCCAGAUAAACUAUUGUUUUCCAGCUUUAGGGAUUGCCUAAAGACCAUUAACAGACAGGUACAGUUCACCUAAAAAUCAAUGAUAGCAUAUCAGAAAAAGAUCUGUUCUUCCAUACUUCAAUUGAUUCUUGCUGCAGAUUGGAUUUUCCAGGAGCAAAGUCAAAAUCAAAUGUUGUCCUUUUUUGUCCUGCUACGUAUAUUGUGCAAGACAGAUAUUGCUGCAUUAGAAUCCUUCCCAUAUAGAGCAUAUUUCUCAGAAUGGAAAGAUCAGAAUUGAGUUUCAAAAAAGAAAACUCUUCAUACAAUAUAUGUACCAGUUGGUGCACUUAGCUUUGGCAGCUAUCUUGUUAUGGAUUCAGUACCACCCCUAAAACACGGAUGCACAUGGACCCAAUCUAGCCCUUAUAGCUGGAGACAAAGAUCCAACCACUGGACAGCAUGCACAUCCUGAAUUGAUUAGGAUUUGCAACUGCUCCCAGUAUGUUCUAAAUGUAUCAGUCCCUUGAAUAAAAUAGUUUUAACUGUUGUAAUACACAGGAUGCUGACAGUCUUGCUAUAUGGAAUAUUAUAAAAUAAUGUGAAUGACCCCAAUAAGAACAUGGUGUUGAUGUAUUUAUACAUACACAAGAAAAAAGUGUACAAACUAUAAAUAGAAAUCAUUUCCACUGGUUGUUUUAUGUUUUGUUUUUUAAUGAUUCAGCAAUUUCCUCUAACAUGCAGUGCUUACAGACCAUUUUCUCAGAUGGGAUAAGAUUUUAAUAAUAGUUCUAUGUUUGAAUAUUGUUGAUGUCUGAUGUAAUUAAUUGUCUGAUUCAUUACUAUUGCCUGCAGUUUACAUACGAUACUUAUCCCUGUUGGCCUGCACUAUUUGUUUGGUAUGAACAUAGUGAGUUAAUAUUUUAUGUAGAGCAUGAAACAUUUCUUUAAAUUUACUUUUUUUGUUAACAGCCUGGAAAUGUUUGGAUCUCCUGAUUUGAAAGCAUAUGUAAAAUAGAUCAGCAUUUUCUAGACUUUUGUUGGUAUAAUAAUACUUGAAAUUAACAUGUCUCCUAGCUGUCAGCUCUGUCAUGUGAAUGUAACUACAAAACAUUGCCUAGGCAAACUUUUUUAAUAGUGUCCUAAAGGCUACUUCACGUAUUAUGCAGAGGCAAUCUUAGCUAUACAACCAAGCCUAAACUUGACAUGGAGCUGCAACCAACUCUGACAAAUGUAGUAUGUUGUUACAUUCAUAUGUGGCAUUUUUCCGUGUAUGCUUAUGGCAUAUUGUGUGUAUAUGUAUUUUUGGGAGGGCAGAACGGUGAUGUGUGAAGUGAUCCUACUUUUGAAAAUGAUAAUUAAAUGUCAUACAGAUUGCUAUAAUUCAGUUUUAGAAAUUUAUUUUAAAUUUAGAAACAUUAUAAAAAGGCUUUAAAAAAUAUACAGUAGUAAAUGGCUAAGUCACACAAAGAGUAAACCCACUGUAAUCAAGGUGGUUAGUUAGUUAUGACUACAAAUCCAUUGAUUUUAAUGGUACUAUUCUAACUUAGUCAGAUACCACCCAUAAGAAGAAGAAAAUUUCAGUCUCUUCCUACCACCCCUGCUAUACGCUUAGCAAAGGCAUACAUGUCUCUUAACAUUCAAAAGCCAUGAAUGCAAAAGUGAGCUGUGUGCUGUUUUAGGCUGCUGGGCUGAUGUAUUCAACAUAGUUUGAUCCUCUGCAUCCCAGUUCAAUUCAACUCAACUGCAUGUCACCACAGUACUUAGGAUUACAUGUAAAGUGGCAAUCCUAGACAUACUUGCCUAGGAGUAAGUCCAGUGGAACUUCCUUCUGAGUAAACAGAUGUAGAAUGGGGCUGUGGGAAUAUUAAUUGUUUGGAAAGCUGGAACCGGAUCUUUUGAAACUGUAGUGCAAAUUCUGAGGUUAAAGUUCUUUUGAAAAUAGUGAAUAAGCAGUGACUGCUGCCUACUAAAUCUACUUACUAAAAAGUGGAGUGUACAGAAGAUUGUUUCAUUUCUGUGAUACAAGGUUUGUCAUAAGCAUCUACACUUUUGUAAGCACAAACAAGUAUGGGCUUUAUACUGAAAUAAUUGUUUUAGAACUCAACAAAAGAUUUGUAGCCAAUUUGGUGAUAUGUCCAAUGAAUGUCAGCCUCUGAUGUAUUAUAAAUUUCUUCGGGGCCUAUUAAACUGUAUGGCAUAAUAAAAAGUGAGAACUUUGAAGACAAUGGGUAGCAACUGAUGUUAUAGUUGGAUUAGUUCUUGAUAAUGACAUUGAAUUUUAAUGAAUACAUUACAGUUUCUUUUAUAAGACAACAUUUGUAAUAAAACCUCAUCUGUUCUUUG